AUGGCGAUGCUCAGCUCGUCGGUCUCCACGCCGUUCUCGUCACCGUCCUCAAAUAUUGACCCCUUCAGAGCCCAUCUCAUUGCUCUGCUCUCCCUUUACGAAGUUGGCCCAGCUACGGCACCAUUGCCAAGGUAUGAUGGCCCAUCGGAUUGGACGACGGACACAAUCCUCAACUCCUUGAGCAACUUUGCGAAGAGGAUGUACGACGCAGAAUCAAACAAGAGCAGGGGUUCGUCAGUUAACGAUUCGACCCCCGCAUCCUCCCCCGAGCCAGAGACACCGGGGGACCUGCCAAGGCAGCAAAUAGGAAAUCAUUCUCUGCGAUCAUCGACCCCCGCUCAUUCUACGCCUAUGACAAUAUCUUUGGAAGGUUUGAGAGAUAACGACAACCCAUUUGCAAGUUCCCUCCAUGCCUCCCCCGAGUACUCGCCGAAAGAGGAGGAGGUAUUCACCAAGGAACCCCCAACAUACGUCGGUAGUGGUCUGCCCGUGCUCACGUCGUCGUCGGCUCCCCCCACCAUCGUACAUGACAACAUAAAGUGCCCAACGUGUAGCAGGAUCGUUACUGACGCCAUCAUGGUAUCCAAAAUUGCCUCCUUAUCGACCCUUUCUUUCCCAGCAUCCGCGCCAUCCUCCGGUUCCCCAUUGGUCGUGCCCAUGGGCCCACUCGUGCACGCAGCAUUUGAAAGUGGGAUGAGUGCUGUAGAGGAGUUGAGGUUACUCAAGGCUCAGGUUCAGGACGUCGCCAGAGUUUGCAACGCUGUGGCGCGAGGUGAUUUGAGCCAGAAGAUCACGGUUCCGGUACAAGGUGUCGUUAUGGUUCAACUUAAGGACGUUAUUAACGGUAUGGUCGAUAAACUCGGACAAUUCGCCAAAGAAGUCACUCGUGUCAGUCAAGAAGUGGGUACGGAAGGCAAACUCGGUGGCCAAGCCCUGGUUCUGGACGUCGAGGGCACUUGGAGGGAACUGACUGGCGUUGUAAACAAGCUCGCAGCAAAUCUCACAAGUCAGGUCCGAUCAAUCGCAACGGUCACGAAAGCUGUCGCACUAGGUGAUUUAUCCAAGCAAAUUGACGUUGAUGCGCGCGGUGAAAUCUUGGACUUGAAGAAUACCGUUAACGGCAUGGUCAUUAGACUCCGCGCUUUAGCAGCAGAGGUCACCCGCGUAACAUUAGAAGUCGGUUCCCAAGGUAAACUAGGCGGACAAGCACACGUUCCCGACGUUGAAGGAGUCUGGUACGAGCUGGUUCGAAAUGUCAAUAGGAUGUGUUCAUCACUCACGGACCAAGUGCGAUCCAUUGCAAAUGUGACGACAGCCGUGGCCAAGGGGGAUUUGACGCAGAAGAUUGAGAUCCAAGUCGAGGGCGAGAUGAGCACGCUUAAGGGUACGGUCAACUCAAUGGUAGAUCAACUCAGUGCAUUUGCCAGCGAAGUCACUCGCGUCGCUUUGGAAGUCGGGACUCAAGGUAUUCUGGGUGGCCAAGCCAAGGUCGAAGGAGUUCAGGGAACAUGGGCUGAUUUGACGAGGAAUGUCAACAAAAUGGCCUCUAAUCUGACUGACCAAGUGCGCUCAAUUUCGGACGUUACGAAAGCUGUGGCUGCUGGCGAUCUGAGCAAGUUUGUGGAGGUUGAUGUGCAAGGCGAAAUGCUGGAUUUGAAGCAAACGGUCAAUCAGAUGGUUAAGCAACUAAGCACGCUUGCGAGGGAAGUGACCAGGGUGAGUUUGGAAGUAGGCACGGAAGGCAUACUCGGCGGACAAGCCUCAGUACCCGAGGUGAAGGGCAUGUGGAAGGUUCUAACGUCGAACGUCAAUUUGAUGGCCAUGAAUUUGACGAAUCAAGUACGCUCCAUCGCCGAAGUCACCAAGGCCGUUGCAGGCGGCGACUUGACUAAGAAGAUCGAAGUGGAUGUGCGUGGUGAGAUUUUGGAUUUGAAGGAGACGGUGAACGGGAUGACGGAGAGUUUGAGCGUGUUCGCGGACGAAGUUACAAGAGUGGCUAGAGAAGUCGGCACGGAAGGCAAACUUGGCGGGCAGGCCAGAGUAGCCAACGUCGGUGGAACGUGGAAGGAUUUGACUGACAAUGUCAACGUCAUGGCCAAUAAUCUGACGCUCCAGGUGCGAAAUAUCGCUGUUGCAACGACUGCCGUAGCUCGGGGCGACUUGACGCAGAAGAUCACUGGCGUGUCGGUCUCCGGCGAGAUGCUGAACUUGGUGAAUACUAUCAACGAUAUGAUUGAUCAAUUAGCCAUCUUCGCUUCUGAGGUGAAGAAGGUUGCAAGGGAAGUUGGCACAGAAGGCAAGCUCGGUGUCCAAGCCGAGGUUGGCAAUGUCCAGGGAAUUUGGCAAGAAAUUACUCUGUCCGUCAAUACCAUGGCUAGCAACCUUACGACUCAAGUGCGAGGCUUCGCCCAGAUCAGCGCUGCGGCCAUGGACGGCGACUUCACCCGUUUCAUCACCGUCGAGGCCAAUGGAGAAAUGGAUUCGCUUAAGACCCAGAUCAAUCAAAUGGUAUUCAAUCUACGCGACAGUAUCCAAAAGAACACCGCUGCAAGGGAGGCUGCUGAGCUGGCGAACAGGAGUAAGAGUGAGUUCCUGGCGAACAUGAGUCACGAAAUCAGGACCCCAAUGAACGGCAUCAUUGGUAUGACGGAGUUGACCCUGGACAGCGACUUGAACAGAUCACAACGAGAGAGCUUGCUGCUGGUGCACUCUUUGGCUAGGUCGCUUCUGUUGAUCAUCGACGACAUCUUGGAUAUCUCAAAGAUCGAAGCCGGCCGUAUGACCAUGGAAGCUGUUUCUUACUCCCUCCGCCAAACUGUCUUUGGAAUCUUGAAGACCCUCGUCGUCCGCGCCUCGCAAAACAAGCUUGAUCUGACGUAUGAUGUUGAGCCGGAUAUCCCUGAUCAACUCAUUGGCGAUUCCCUGCGUCUUCGUCAGGUUAUCACCAACCUCGUCGGCAAUGCUAUCAAGUUCACCCCUAGCAAAGCUUCCCGCAAAGGGCACGUCGCCUUGAGCACUCGCUUACUGGCACUCGACGACCAACAUGUUACCCUCGAGUUCUGCGUAAUGGAUACGGGUAUUGGUAUAGCGAAGGACAAAUUGAACCUCAUAUUCGACACUUUCUGUCAGGCUGAUGGUUCUACAACUAGGGAGUACGGUGGCACUGGCCUUGGUCUAUCGAUCUCCAAACGUCUGGUAUCACUGAUGCAGGGUAAUAUGUGGGUAGAAAGUGAAGUGUCGAAAGGCAGCAAGUUCUACUUCACUAUUACCUCGCAGAUCAGCUACAGCUCCGUGGAGUCUACGAUGGCGAAGAUGGCGCCAUUUGCUAAACGCACGAUCAUGUUUAUGGAUACGCUGUGCGACAAGACAGGUGUCGUAGACAGGAUCCCGGAGCUCGGGCUCCGUCCGUUUGUUGUCCACCAACUUUCCGAGGUCGCCGACAAGGACAAAUGCCCACAUAUAGACACCAUCAUCGUGGAUUCGCUAAGCAUGACUGAAUCCAUUCGCGAGUUCGAACACCUACGUUACAUCCCUAUUGUCCUCCUAGCGCCUUCAAUUCCCCGCUUGAAUCUGAAAUGGUGUCUCGACAACAGCAUCAGUUCCCAUGUCACUACUCCCGCCACCGCUCAAGAUCUCGCUUCAGCUCUCAUAUCAGCUCUUGAAUCCAAUACCGUCAGCCCAGUCUCUGCCCCAAAUGACGUUGUUUUCGACAUCUUACUGGCUGAAGAUAAUCUGGUCAAUCAGAAGCUGGCGGUUAAAAUCUUGGAGAAGUACGGGCAUAAUGUGGAGAUAGCAGAGAACGGCAGCCUCGCUGUUGACGCGUUCAAGAGUAGGGUCACUCAAAAUAGACCAUUUGACAUCAUUCUCAUGGAUGUGUCAAUGCCCUUCAUGGGGGGCAUGGAGGCCACGGAAUUAAUCCGAUCUUAUGAGAUGCACACCGGUCUAUCCCCUACUCCUAUCAUCGCUCUCACUGCCCAUGCUAUGAUUGGUGAUAGGGAGCGCUGCCUACAAGCUGGCAUGGACGACCACAUCACAAAACCCUUGCGCCGCGGUGAUCUACUGAACGCCAUAAACAAACUGGCUGGGGAACGCAAUGCAGCCAAGCGGCAGCACCUUCUACUACGCCGACCUCCAAUAUGCAUAUGA